CGCACAUAUCAAAGAGGGCAGAAUUAUAGGCCAAAAGCUUUCGGCUUGGAAGUCUGCGCUAUGGAAAAGCCACGAGUGCGACUUCCGCCUGAAGUGGCCGAGGAUUCCUCCGACUUGGAGUUUUGGCGCAGCGAAAGCUGGGUGCAGCUCUGGAGUGCUCAGCCGCUACUCCUGCCGCUGCCGGGCACCGCUGCUGACCUGGUCCGUAAGGCCUUGCUGCCUGGGUCGAAGGUGGACUUUCCACAGAUCACCGAGAUUUGUGAGCUCAUUUCUGAAAAACCACAGGAGGCAUCAGAAGCCAUCCGGCUUCUGGUCGCAGCCAUGCGUGACAAGGACGUUCCAUUUCGGAAGAAGUUGAAGGCAUUGACCAUCACAAAUGAAAUGCUCUACGAUGAACGUGCAGUUCUGGGCUUUCGAGAGGUGCCUGGCCUCCAGCCAGCCUUGACCACCUUGCGUGCGGUGAAAGAUUCGGGCCUCUCUGAGUAUGUCGAUGAAAACCUCCGCAUGCUUGCCACAGAGGUCGAAAAGGUCUGCUUCUCUGAGUCGGGCGGCUCCCAGGGGCAUGCCUCGCGGCUCCGGAACUUCGGCAGCGCCGUGCGGAACAACCUCGAGGCCGCGGGCUUCGCACGAUCCCCGUCGAGGCACAAAGGAGAAGGAGCAGGCUGAGCACUGCUACAUCGGUGGAAGCGCCUUGUGCGUCCUCCCAAAGGGUGCUCAAAGCACGGUCGACCGGCGACAUCCCUUGUGGGAGAAUCAUGAUUUGUGGGCUUGGUCCAAUCAACAUCCCUGUGGGACACGUGUGCGCAUCACAUGCAACGGCAUAGUAUAUAAGUACCUAGUGAUGGUCGUGCAUUCGGAUACGGCGAGAGGCAAUGGACGGCAACGGUGGACCUUUCAGACGACAGGGACGGCGGUCGGCAGUGGUGGGCUCCACCCGGAGACCCGCCACGGAAGUAUUCGUUGGGCAAACUUUGUUCAUCAGACCCGCUAGCCACUUGAUCUUUGACAUUCUCAGUGGUUCCGAAAUGUCAACCCAUUACCGUGUCACAUCAAGACGUGCAGUGUAGCCUUUUUUGAUCUUUUUUGUGUCGAG